GCGGCGUCCCCCGCGACGGUGGUGCUGCCCGUCGUGGACCUCAUUGAGGUGGAGAUCUACCUGUUCCUGUACGUGCUGGCGGCGCUGGUCAAGUACAAGCUGGCGCAGGAGGCUCUGGACACGGUGGACAAGGCGGUGGCGCGCUGCCAGCAGUUCAACCGCCGCACGCUCGACCUGCUGCAGGCCAAGGUGUUCACGUACUACUCCAACAUCCACGAGCAGUUCGGCCACGACCUCCCGGCCAUCCGCGCCACGUUGCUGGGCGCGCACCGCACGUCGUGUCUGCGGUACGACGAGGCGGGCCAGGCCACGCUGAUCAACCUGCUGCUGCGCAACUACCUCAAGGACAACCUGUACGAGCAGGCGUACAAGUUCGUGAGCAAGACGACGUUCCCCGAGACGGUGUCGAACAACCAGUUCGUGCGCUACCUGUACUACGUGGGCAAGAUCCAGGCGGUGCAGCUCGAGUACACCGAGUCGUACACGAAGCUCAUGCAGUCGAUCCGCAAGGCCCCAGCCAACACGGCGUUCGGCUUCCGGCGCACAGUGUACAAGCUCGCGAUUAUCGUGCAGCUGCUCAUGGGCGAGGUGCCCGAGCGCAACGUCUUCAACCAGGACGAGCUCCGCAAGGCGCUCGCGCCGUACCUGCAGCUCACCAACGCUGUUCGCGUGGGUAACCUGGAGGACUUCAACGUGGUUUUGGCGCAGCACGGACCAGUCUUCAAGGCGGACAACACGUACACGCUGAUCCUUCGCCUGCGUCACAACGUCAUCAAGACGGGUCUGCGCAAGAUCAGCACCUCGUACUCGCGCAUCCUGUUCACGGACAUUUGCGAGAAGCUGGCGCUGGAGAACGCCCAGAACGCCGAGUUCGUGUGCGCCAAGGCGAUCCGCGACGGUGUGAUCGACGCAGUGAUCGACCACGAGAACGGCUGGCUGCAGCUCAAGGAGACGGUGAACGUGUACACGACGAACGACCCGCAGACCGCCUUCCAGAGGCGCAUUACCUUUUGCCUGGACGUGCACAACGAAGCUGUCAAGGCCAUGCGCUACCCGCCGGAUGCAUACAAGAAGGACCUGGAGAGCGCGGAGGAGCGUCUCGAGCGCGAGAAGCAGGAGGAGGAGCUCGCCAAGGAAAUCGAAGACGAGAUGGACGAG